GUCUGCCACCUUUCGCCUGAAAGCCCUUAGUGAGCUGAAAUCGUCUCUGAUGGUGUCCGAGUGGGCCGUUCGAAAUGAAAAGACCAAAGAAAUGGAGGUCGUACACGCUCUCAAAGAAACCCUCUUGGAGGAGACAGGUUCAAGCUCCAAGGGUUCUGCACGAGUGAGGGUGGUGGCCGUCUGCGGAGCUGAUGAGAUGAAGCGCUACAACAGUCUGAAGCCGCAGGACAUGUUGGGCUUGGUGGUGGUGCCGCAGCCGGGAGACGAGGAGUUCUUGCUGGAGAAGCCCUUGCAGCAACUCUACAUCGCAGAAGCCAGCCCAUCGAAG